GAUUUGAGGUGUUACUUCAAUUUUAAGAUGAUAUUUAGGGAAAUAAAAAAAGAAAUAAAAACCUCAAAACCCUCUUUUCAUAAAACCUCCCGUUUCUCACGCAGCUCUCGCCAUUCACUCCCGUCGCUCAGGCAGCUCUCGUAGAUUGGAAUGGAUGCCGGUCCCAUGUCCAAUUCGGCAAUCUUACUCCAUGCUAGUGAUUCUUAACCAAGGCCCAUAGCUUUGGCUGUGGACUUUAGUCUGUUCUAUGUAGACACGACAAAGAAUUAUUUGAGCGGCGGCGAAGGUGGCACUAGGCACACAUUUGACAAGCUUCCAUCGCAGGCCAUGCUGGGUUGCCUCCUGGUUCAUCAGGCCAACCUGAUGAAUGAUUCUUCUUCGCAUACAGUUUUCAACUGGAGUCGAGAUUGCAGAAUGGACACAAAACGCUCCCCUCCUGACCCAAUUGCAGUGCUGAGAGGUCAUCGAGCUUCUGUUAUGGAUGUUUGCUUCCAUUCUUCUAAGCCCCUGUUGUUUACUGGUGCCACCGACGGUGAGUUGCGGAUUUGGGAUACAGUUCAACACAGGACAGUCUCUUCUUCGUGGGUGCACAGCGCUGCACAUGGGAUGAUUGGUGUUGCUACAAGUCCUUUGAUUGGAGACAAUAAAGUUGUUAGCCAGGGUAGGGAUGGGACUGUUAAAUGUUGGGAUAUUGAAGAUGGAGGCCUUUCCAGGACACCAUCGCUUAUCAUCAAAACAAAUUCUUAUCAUUUCUGCAAAUUAUCCUUGGUGAAGAAGCCUUUUACUUGUUUGGUGCAAACUGAAGAUGCUUCGUCUGCCAAUACUUCUGUCGAGAAUUUAUCUGAUAUUGACACUAGGGAAACCAUUAAUGCAGCAAUGCUACAUGGAGUUGGUGGAGGAAAGACCCAAGAAGAUUCUGUUUCUACUGAAGGACCGAAAUAUGUGGCUAUAGCAGGGGAACAGUCUUCUGAGGUUGAGAUUUGGGAUCUCACUACUGCAGAAAGGUUAACACACUUGCCUCAGAUCUGUAAUGAAAGCUCACCAGGUCAUUCAACAAAGGCAAGAGGAAUGUGCAUGGCUGUUCAAGCAUUUUUACCACCAAAGCUGCAGGGAUUCCUAAAUGUUUUGGCUGGUUAUGAAGAUGGGAGCAUGGUUUGGUGGGAUCUGAGGAAUCCCGGGGUUCCACUAACUUCUGUGAAAUUUCAUUCAGAGCCUGUUUUAACCUUGAGUGUUGAUGAGCCAUGCACUGGUGGUAUAUCUGGAGCUGCAGAUGACAAAAUUGUGCUAUUUACACUAGAUCAUCAGAUGGGUUGUUGUCUGGUCAAGAAAGAAAUCAGUUUGCCACAUCCCGGCAUAGCAGCCACUGCCAUUCGAACAGAUAGCAAAAUUGCUGCAACUGCUGGCUGGGAUCACAGGCUAAGAAUAUACAAUUACCGCAAAGGAAGUCCUUUAGCCAUCUUAAAGUAUCACAGUGCUACGUGUAAUGCUGUAUCAUUCUCCACUGAUUGCAAGCUCAUGGCGUCCUCUUCGGAAGACACCACAGUGGCACUGUGGGAACUCUACCCUCCUCGAACUUAGCAUGGAGCUUUCGUGUCUUGGGGUGAUGUUAUUCUGACCUGCAUCACUAUUGUCAAGGUCACGGCUUUUAGUGAUGAAACAUGGAUCCUGCACUUGAACGCUCACCCUUAUCUGGUAUGUUGGAGAACAGAGAAUUGGAGACAAAGAUUACGCAUUAGGGAAUUUGGGUACCACCACUUGAUCGUGUCUCAUGUGAUGGUGGGACUUACGAGUUGAGACACUGAAAUAAAGGGUCUCCUUGACAGUUUCAGUUCGAUCUUCGGGAUCCUUUCUCUUGGGUAAUCUUUCUUAUCUUCCUUCUACUGCCCUACUUUUUGAGAAUGUAAAGGAAAGCCUGUGGCGAUGACUGCUUAGCCUGCCUCUCUACAAUUCGGUUGAACCAUGAGCAUGAGUGACUGAACAAGAAGCCGAGUGCAUGGACCAGUGAUCUAUGUAUAUUUAGCAUGGUAAUGGGGUGAUAACUAACAUUGACAAACAUUUUGGUCAUCAUUCCGUUAUCACUUUAUAAAGGAAUUUUAUUGAGGAUAGAUUAGUGUACAUGAACAUGAUUGUGGUUGUGAUGGAAUUCCUGCUGCUGCCAACAUGAUUGCAUCUGUGCUGAGCUACUAUAGUGCUCUCAUCCAAUAAAUUGGUGCUGGUUCACAUAAA